GUGGCCUGGUGCAGCGUUGAGGAGUGUGUUCGGAUUGCUGCAAGAGCAACUUCUGGUCCGGAUCUUCGUCGCGGCCGGUGAACGUACAAUGGUCAACGUUAACAGGGGCUCGACGGCGCACGCUAACGACACGGUGAACGGUGGCACUUCGGUGGGAUCCAACGGUCAGGACUUUCCACCCGUGCACUAUCUGCACGAGCUGCCCCAGGCGGACGAGGAGCGGCUGGAGAAAAUCUUCAACAAGCUCGAUCGUGACGGCAAUGGCCGGAUCGAUAUUCACGAUCUUUCCUCGGCUCUGAAGGAGUUCGGGCUUUCGCAUCAGUACGCGGAGGAGUACGGCCAUUCGUUGUUUUUUCAGCGCUUCCUGAAGCAGUCCGAUCAGACGCAGAGCGGCGAUGUCGGGCUGGCCGAGUUCAUACAUUACGUGCGGGAGCACGAAAAAAAUCUACGCUUACAGUUUACCCACCUGGACAAGAACCGGGACGGAAUGGUCGACCUGGAGGAGCUGAUAACGGCCUUCAAGGAGCUCGGCAUCGACAUGGAUCGGCACGAGGCGGCCAAGCUACUUAAACGAAUGGAUAAGGACGGUAGUUUGAACAUCAGCUUUGACGAAUGGAGAGAUUUUCUGCUGCUGGCUCCGUCGUCCGACAUCCACGAACUGGUGAAAUAUUGGCGACAUUCGACUAACCUCAGGCACAACGAAGCCUACCUGAUGACUGUUGGUCGCCUUGCCAGGAGCAACGAUCAGCAUCCCGCGCUGAUCGGUCUGAUCGAUGUUGAGCAGGCGAUCGAGCAUGUGACGGACUUGCUUUUAAGCCCACCAACGAACAUGCCCUGCAGCGUCGCGUCCACCAACGGCAGCGCGUCCUCGCAUCUGCUGGUGGAUGGUAAGUACUUGGAUAUCGGUGAGGAUCUAAACGUACCUGAUGACUUCACGCAGAGCGAAAUGCAAACCGGGAUGUGGUGGAGGCACCUGGCGGCGGGUGGAAUCGCCGGAGCAGUAUCUCGAACCUGCACAGCGCCACUGGAUCGGCUGAAGGUGUUCCUACAGGUGCAAUCAUCCAAACAGCGAAUCUCAGACUGUCUUCAGUACAUGCUGAAGGAGGGUGGCGUGCGGAGCCUGUGGCGUGGAAAUCUGAUCAACGUGCUAAAGAUCGCGCCGGAAAGUGCGAUCAAGUUCGCGGCGUACGAGCAGGUGAAGCGCUUGAUCCGUGGCAAGGACAAACGUCAGAUGACGAUCUACGAGCGGUUCGUGGCGGGUGCCUGUGCCGGAGGCGUUAGCCAGACGGUCAUCUACCCGAUGGAAGUAUUAAAAACCCGACUAGCGCUGCGAAAGACCGGCGAGUACAGUAGCAUCGUUGAUGCGGCCACAAAGAUCUACCGGCGGGAAGGGCUGCGUUCCUUCUACCGCGGCUACAUUCCAAACAUGCUCGGCAUCAUCCCGUACGCCGGCAUCGAUCUGGCGGUGUACGAGACGCUGAAGAAGAAGUACCUUAGCCACCACGAGACGGAGCAGCCCAGCUUCUGGCUGUUGCUGGCUUGUGGUAGUGCGUCCAGCACACUCGGUCAAGUUUGCUCUUACCCCCUGGCAUUGGUCCGAACGAGAUUGCAAGCUCAAGCGGUCACAAUUGGUCCGAACGCGGAUGGCAGUGUCACGGUGGAACCGAACAUGACCAAUGUAUUUAAGCGAAUAAUACAAACGGAAGGUCCCUUGGGUCUCUACCGUGGCAUCACGCCGAACUUCAUCAAAGUAUUACCGGCCGUCUCGAUCAGCUACGUCGUGUACGAGUAUUCGAGCCGUGCCCUCGGUGUUAAUAUGACGUGAUCUGUGUCACAGUUGCAAAGCAUUGCACCGCGCACUCCUCGCACCGUGCCGCUGCAACCUCUUCGCUUCGUGUCCCGCCCGGCACCGCGUCGUUCUGCGAUGUUUCGGCUUCUCGGUACACGGCGCCGCUCAGCCGUUCGGCUCCAUCAUUCUCAUCAAACCCUCUGGCGUGGUUCCAGCGAAUGGACCGUCCAUGGAAAGCUGAGUGACUAAGGCUUAUCCCUGCACAUUCGCCUCAACGUUCCGGUCAGAUGUUUAGCUGUGUUCCAUCAAAUCCUAACACCACUCGAAGACGACGAAACGGUCGCACUAUCUUGGGUGACACAGAUAGUUGUUUAGCUGCAAGGGCCUGGGACGGAUCUGCCUGAGGCCCAGGAGCCUUCUCUGAGCCGUUGUGGCGCUCUCUCGCAGGGUGAUUGUGAUAAAGUAAUGUCCGCCAGGCGCGCAAACGACCGACCAGCAAGUAAACAACGUAAGGAACUCGAAUUUUGUUGCAAAAGCUCAAGGGAAGCAAUCCGAAGGAGCUUAAUGAGACGAAAAGUUGACAAGAGAUGCUAGUUGCAGAUGCAGAUCAUAUUAAAUUAUUUUACCUAUUAGUAGCAAUUUUUAAAAAAUUGUAUUAUUCAAUUUUCAAAGCAACUGUGCAUUGUCGAAACAACCGGCAGAGGUUAGAGCCCGAUGUAGGCCAUUUAGACAUUUUCGUUUGUCUACCGAAGAACGGGAGAGGCUUUCGUUCCUUAGGCUUGGCGGAUCGCGUUCGCAACAACGAUUCGAUCUGCUCGGAGGUGAUGGUGAUAGCGAUUCCGGGCGCUUGAAAGGGUGCAGCCCUUUUCUGUAUAGCUAGGUUAGGACAUAAAGCAAUCAGUGUCCCUCUCCUUGGUUCUAUCUCUCUACCUGUGCGUCACACUGUGUCAAAACGUGAAAUGAUAUACUCUAACCGAGCCACCAGAGAGAUAAAGAACGAAUCGUAGUGGUCAAGCCAAGUCCAAGCCCGUGCUACGGUACGUGCAAGAUGUGUGAGAAGAAAAUGUUGGCAAACAAAAGCCCUAACACAAAAUGGCAUAAACGGUGAACCAUUUAAACGCGCCGCGUACACACAACAGCUAGCAAAGACUUCUACAAUGUUAGAUUAUUUAUUAAAAUAGACAAAAUGAAAGUGAAAAGCGGACGAUGCACUGAAAUGAAAAUGAAUGAUUACAAUAACAAUCACAUAAUCAAUUGUGGAAUUCUUUAGUUUUUGUUUUCUUUUCUCCAUUUUAUGAUAUCAUUACUUACACUACAAAUUUCACUCAUCAUUCGAUUGUUUUUGGCUCCAUUCGGAGUGUUCCCUGCUUUGGGAGAUGCGAAAUUUAUCCCCCUGAAACUGUUUGCUAAACGCGAUUAUUUUAUCUUACGCUGUUUGUCCUUAUCCGCUUGAUUAUAACGUUUUUUUUGUUGCACGUGUUUCGACACUAUUUUCGAGUCCCGUUUUUCUGUUUCGAUUAUAUUUUGCCAUUAAACGUGAGAUGUGGCCAACGUGAGUACACUGGGCAGAUGGAAAGGAAUAUGCUGAACCUAAUGUAAUUGAACCAACGAGAUACGAGGCUAGAAAAUACUGAAGGCAAGUGACGUAUGGUAUCUCUUUUGACCGCUAACAAGUUAUAUAUCUCCUGUGAUCAUGGAUGUUAAUCUUAAACAUAUUGAAAGUAAAAUAAAGCCUUCACACAACUAACAAAUGACAGUUACGACGCGUAGAAGGUGCAGCUAACGCAGUUACGCUGCAACUAUUGCGUCUUGGAAAGGGCUCCGGAAGGCCCGGAAUAUGUGGCAAAGACGAAUAAAAUAAAGAAAUUCAAGAUUGGAGAGUGUACGAAGCUCCUUCUCACAAAACUGCACCAUCUUUUUUCUGGUUCAUGAAACUAAACGCAACAAUACCGAUACUGAAUACUGAAGAAACACAUACUGAAGCCAUGGAACCGCCGGAAGGAUAAGAUUAGAUAGGAUAAGUUGAUACGCGCAGGAGAAGAACGAACGGAGGAUGAGCUCACGAGGAAGAAAAAAACGAAAGCACGUGUGCGUGUAGCGACAAAUGUAACGAAAUUUACAGCAUUUUAGGUGUUUGUUACCAAUGAAGUGAUAUAUUAAUGAUUUUCUCUCAAUUUUAUAGAACAAAUCAUGUACUUAUACUGUAAAUGAAAACAGAAAGACCGGCCAAGGCAUGAAACGUCUUCUGGCAUCGGUCCCAGUGCAGUCCGAUUUCAUACCCUUCUUCGUAACCACGCUUCCCUUCUUCUAUCGUCGUUACAACAGAAAACACUAUCGAAUAGUUACAGAUGCAUAGUUAACAUCGCGCGACGAGUUUCAAUAUUGCUAGCUCUCUGUUGAUGAAUUGCACACUAAGGCUGAAAGUUGAACAAAGACAUUUUCUCUUCUUGCUCCUUACUACACGGAAUGAACGUUAUUUUGAUCAACAGAUAUUUACGCAAUCUCGCAAUUAACGGCCACUGCGGAAACUCCAAACAUGCUACGCAAAC